GCGGGUGCGGGGCUGCCGUCCGAGCUGCCCCCAAGCCCUGAUGCUGCUUCGGGCACCAGGCGGUCUCGUCUCCUCUCCUCUCAGAUCGUUCUAUCUUUAUGACCUGCUAUCUCUAGCCUAGACAGAGGGAGGCCCAUCUAUCAUAAACCCACCCGGAGCUGCCAUCUCCCGCCACCGCCACCGAGAGAAGGAGGGCAGAGCUGUUCCCCGGAGGCCGGCCCUCGCCGCACGGGGGAGUGCAGAGGGCCGGCUCCCCAGACCGAAGCGUCACGGCCCAGGCGCUGCCACCCCGUCCCUCCCACCCCAGGCCCAGCGCCCGUCCUGGGGCCGGCCCACCCCCCCCCGGCCUCCUGUGACCUCUCAUUCCGCCUGGCUGCCAUGCUCGCUGCCCCAGGGACCCCCGCCACAGGCUCCCCCAUCUCUCCCCUCCCAGGCCCUUUCAGGCCGAGGUCUCCCGCAACCCUGGAUGGACCGAACAUCUCUCCCUGCCGACACCUGGACAGACAGCGCUCCUCCCCGAUCUCCAGGUCCCCUGGGCCCUGCAGUGUCACCCCGACACCCACCUCCAGCCGCACCUGAGGCCCCACUCACCUCCCUGCCCACCUCAGUGCUCUGUCCCUCCUGCCUCGGCGCACGGGGCCCCCAGCCCAGCCCACAUAGUCCAGGCUGCGACAUACCCUCUGGUCACUGCCAGGGAGCCCUGCUCAGGCCUGGGGACUCCCAGCCCCAUUCCAGUGCACCGAGUCCCUCCGGUCUCUUCCCUGCCCGGUCCCUAGCACUGCCCCCCGCUCGUCUCAGGACCUCCCCUGACUCACGGAAACCAGAGGGAGCCUCCGGAAAGUCAAGGUGGGCUGCAACACCCUCCCCCCACUGCAUCUCCAGUAUAGACGGACAUCUGCAGGGUCGGGUCAGCCCCCUCAGCAGGACCACCUCGUGCUGUCCCCCACCCCUUCCUCUUCUUUCCCCCAUCCUCAGCAGAGUCUCAGCCACGGGGCCUUUGCACGGCCGUUUCCUCCUCCGGGAACGUGUCCUCACCCCUCGGGACAUCACUUGUUCUCUCACUCUUCCCAGCACUCGGCACAGUUGGGGUUUUAGUCGCCCGUCUGAUAGACUCUGUCUCUCCUGCCAGACUCUUCUCUCACUCACCAAGGACAGAGCCACAUCAAACAGGCUCAGCUGCAUCUACGCACAGGGCCUGGUGCAGAGCAGGUGCCCACAACCCUCUGGGGACUCGGGCCAGGACAGCAUCCCACUCUCCCUCAGUGCUGGGACUCAUCUGCACCAGGCAGGAGGGGUUUCCUCCAGAGAAUCUGACCAGCCCGGAACAUCUCUCACAUGGAAGUCAGAGAACAGAGCACACAAACAGGAAAUAGCCACUUAGAAGAAAUAAACAUUGUUCAAGGAUAAGAAAGCUUCAAAUUUAACAUUAAUAAUCAGAGAUAAGAUACUACAAUCAAGAAACAAGAACAAUGUACUUUGAAAAAGGAACACUGCAAAAACCAAAAGGAGCUCUGAAGAUUGAAACAUUGAGAGCAGAAAGCAAACUUUCAAUAGGAAAGUUGCAAGACAAAGUGGAAAUGUUCUAGAAAUCAGUGAAAAAGGGAAAAAGUGGGACUAGAAAUGAAUGAGAGAACCAAUCUAAGACAGCCAAUAUCUGAAUAACAGUUCUAGAAAAUGAGAACAGAGAAAAUAGAGGAGGGAAUUAUUAAAGAAAUAACUCAAGAACUAUUCCCCCACCUCAUGGAUGUAAAUUACUAGGCAAGGAGGACUCACCAAGCUCCCAACACAGAGAAGGAAGACAGACCCAAGCCCAGGCUGCCAUCGGAAAACUAACUCAAGUGGAAGUUAGGAUUUUCAGAUGUGCAAGGUCUCUGGAAGCUUGCCCCCAAGGCACUCCUUCUCAGGAAGCUACUAAAGGGUUUGUUCCACCAGGAGGAGGGAGUAAACCAAGAAAGACUUAGGUUCCAGGAAAUGGAAUCAGCCCAGGACUGAGAUGUGGCCACAGGAGAGAUGAUUCCCGAAGGGUGAAGUUGGUUGCUGCCCAGGACAU